UUUUUUUUUUAAUGAUAUUUUUAUUUAUUUGUUGCUAAACAAACAGUCUUCGAAAGAAAAAUAAGGAGGAGCAUACGUGGUAAACAGUUUCCCCUUUCUAUUUUUGGUAAUCUGUUUCUCACUGUGUCGUGUCCAUCCUGAUGCAACAGUCCAAAUCCAUUGACGGCAAACCAAAUCCAUAUUGAAUCGAGUCUUUUUUGGGUUUUUCCCUUUCAGAGAAGAUUAGCAGACGUCAGUGCUGCCGGCCGCAAUUCUUCCUCCGACAAAUAGUGACGUUUCUCUAUCGGGAUUUGGUACCCAAAAAACCGAGUUUCGAGGUUUGUUUCUGCUGCCUCUAAUUUAUUAUUAGAUUUUGGGGCUUUUUGAGUCGGUUUCGGUCCUCAGGAAGCUUCUGGCUCAAUUUCGUGUCCGGCCGUUCCAGACUGAGGGUGGCGGUUUAGGCGAGCUGUAUUCAUUCUUUCUCUUACAGGUUUUGUACUUUCUUUGCCGAUAAAGUUUGGCUCUGUCGUGAAGUGGGCUCGUUUGUUUGAUUCGAGUAUUUGUUACUAUUUAUAGAAAAUGAAGGGAGAACUCAUGAAAAUCACCGAGAAUCUUGAUAUAAUUGUGGGGAGAGACAGUAAAGAUAUAAGAGUUUUCUUAAGCGUCUGUAACUUUUGGAAACUCUAGCGUUUUUAAGUUUUCAUUUUCAGUGACUCUUCUGUAGAGAAAAAUGGAACCCUUCUCGCCUAAAGAGGGGGAUAAUGACUAUUGGUCUUCUCCAAGUGAGCAGGUGGAGAGUUUUCCAUCGUUUGAUGGUGUUCCCAGGGAUAUGUUAUCAGAGGAUGUGUUCAAUAGUUUCUCAGAGCUUCUGAGUUUUGAUACUUACGUUGGAUGGUCCAGCAAUCCUGCGGUGACAGAUCAGGUCUCUGCCACAUAUGGGUUGGCCUCACUUCCACCAACUAUUUAUACGCCGCAGAAUACAUCAGACUUUAUUGAACAGACUGUUGAGGCACUGCCUGUCGCUGAAGUUGGAGGAAACCUCGACUUACCAAGAGGUUCCUUCAAUUAUGGUGACAAAGCUGUAUUUCUGCCAGAAGAUACUCAGUUGGAGGCGUCAGCACAUUCCAAUAACGGCAGUGAUUUAGUAGCUACACAAAAUACUGAUUUCUUAGAGAACGGUGAGAUGGAUGUGGAGAAUUCAACCGUACCCAGGCCAGUUAGAUUGUCACUUGAUGAAAAGAUGCUGAAAGCACUAUCUUUUGUCAAAGCGUCUUCUGGUAUGGGAAUUUUGGCACAAGUAUGGGUUCCUGUGAGACGUGGUGACGAGUUAUUGUUGAGCACUUCUGACCAGCCCUACUUGCUUGAUAAUAUGCUGGUGGGGUACCGUGAAGUGUCAAGGAGGUUUACAUUUUCUGUAGAAGGGAAGCAAGGUUGUGUUCUUGGGCUUCCUGGUCGUGUUUUUCAGUCCAAAAUCCCUGAGUGGACUUCGAAUGUUGCUUACUACAAGAAGAAUGAGUAUGUAAGGGUGGAGCAUGCGUAUAAUCAUCAAGUCCGUGGUUGUAUUGCCUUGCCAGUUUGUGAACCUGAUCUUGGAGUGACAUGCUGUGCUGUAUUGGAAAUUGUCACUACAAAUGAAAAACCCAAUUUCGAUGCUGAGAUUGAAAUUGUCUGUAAUGCCCUCCAGGCUGUUAAUUUGAAGAUGAGUCAACCUCUUCGGCUUAAUCCCCAGUGCCUCUCAAAGAACCAAAAGGAUGCAUUAGCUGAGAUAAUUGAUGUCUUAAGGGCAGUAUGUCAUGCACAUAGAUUGCCCCUUGCUUUAACUUGGAUUCCUUGUAAUAGCGAAGGAACUUCUAAUGAAGUGGCAGGGGUAUGUGUCGGAGAUGGCAAAACAAGUUCAACUGAGAAAUGUAUUUUGUGUGUUGAGAAAGCAGCAUGUUAUGUUAACGACAGAUUGAUGCAAGGUUUUGCAAGUGCAUGUGUAGAACACCAUCUUGAAGUAGGACAAGGUUUAGCUGGAAAAGCACUUCAAUCAAAUCUUCCCUUUUUCUUUCCAGAUGUGAAGACAUAUGAUAUAAGUGACUACCCGUUAGUUCACCAUGCUCGAAAGUUUGGUUUAAAUGCAGCUGUUGCAAUUAGGCUUAGAAGCACUUAUACUGGUGAUUGUGACUACAUAUUGGAGUUCUUUCUUCCAGUUAAUAUGAAGGGAGCAUCAGAACAACAACUUUUGUUAAACAACCUCUCUGGUACUAUGCAAAGAAUCUGCAAGAGUUUGAGAACAGUUUCAGAUGUAGAAAUUGGAAUUGCCUCUCAUGAUACAUUUAAGGAGGACUCAGUCCCAAACUUUAUACCUUUGCCAGGAGAGAGUUCUAAUAUGGUACAAUUAGAUGGUGACUUGAAUUCAACUAAUGAAGUUCCCUUGAAGCUGGCUGAGAGAAGAAAUGAGGCACACAAAGUAGAUAAUGUCCAUGAACAGCCAAGGGGAACAAGAUGGCAGGCAGAGAAAAAACGAAGUACAGCAGAGAAAAAUGUGAGUUUGAGUGUUCUUCAGCAAUAUUUUUCUGGCAGUUUGAAGGAUGCUGCAAAAAGUAUUGGAGUUUGCCCCACUACGCUGAAAAGAAUUUGCAGACAACAUGGGAUCUCAAGAUGGCCAUCUCGUAAGAUAAACAAGGUAAACCGUUCAUUAAAGAAGAUACAAACUGUACUUGAUUCUGUUCAAGGAGUUGAGGGAGGUUUGAAGUUUGAUCCAACUACCGGGGGGCUUGUGGCAGCAGGCUCAAUAAGCCAAGAAUAUGAGUCACAAAAGAAAAUUGCAUCUCUGCAGAACUUAGAUCCUUCAUUCACCGUCAAAUUAGAGGAGGAUGAGUGUUAUGCAGAUGGAGUCAAUUUAAAUUCUUAUAAGAUAAGGAAACCCAAUAUCAUUGUUCCAACUAAUUCUAAUAAAGACUCUAAGAUUGCAAUAGAAGCUGGAUCAAAACCAAUUAGUGGAACUUUUUCUGAAAAAAUUUCCCUGGGUUCUUAUCCUGCAACAGAAGGCAUGACAUCGAGUCACAGCAAGUGUAGUUCAAAAUUUGAGAAUUCUGAUGCUCGCCAUGUCUCUCGGAAUUCAAGCUCUAUAGCUGUGGGCGAUGAGAUGGAUACAUCAGAGGAUGGAGAAGACGACGAGCUUCUUCAACAUAACCAGCCUGCUUCUUCAAGUAUGACAGACUCAUCAAAUGGCUGUGGUUCGCUGUUGCAUGGCAGUUCAUCAAGUUCUCAAAGCUUUGAAGAGCGUAAGCAUCCCAAAGGAAAGGCGAGUUGUGCUGACAGCUAUUCUAAAAUAAUUGUGAAAGCUACUUACAAAGAAGAUACUGUCCGGUUCAAGUUUGACACAUCUGCAGGGUGUUAUCAACUGUACGAAGAAGUUGCGAAGCGGUUCAAGUUGCACACAGGGGCCUUCCAACUCAAGUAUUUAGACGACGAAGAAGAAUGGGUGAUGUUAGUGAGUGACAUGGAUUUACAAGAAUGUUUGGAGAUAUUAGAUGAUGUUGGAACCCGAAGUGUGAAGUUUCAAGUUCGGGAUAUGCCUUGUGUUGUGGGUAGUUCUGGUAGCAGCAAUUGUUUCUUGCCAGGAGGCACAUAAUAAACAGUAAAAAGUCUAAAGAAAGGGGAUUUUCUUUUUUCAAUUUGUUUUUUACUUGGGGUUCUGCUAUGUAGGUUUUACUCCAUUAUGGGUGAAGUAAUUUUCAACAAAGGCAAGAGGAGCAUUCUGUAUUUUAAGGAUUAGACUUUUUUCUUCCCGGAGUCUUGUAAUUCACCAUCAACCAAUCAUGAGAUGGACACAACGAUGGAAUUAGCUUAUAUUGGAAGAAAAUGACCAUUUUGGAAUGAAGGUAUUUAUCUUACCUGAUCAGUUGUUACUAGAGUUUUAAAGGGUAGUUGAAGUUGAAGUUGAAGCCAUUAUCCAUAUGAAUCUCCAUUCUUUUUGGCGUAAUUAGCUAUACUCAUAUCAAGAAGAAGGGCAUGCUGCCUAAAGCUAGUCUAUGUAUAUAUACCUUGUAUCAUAUAGAAAAUAAAGCUUCGUAGCUUGAGCUGUUUAUUUUUCUUGUUUAGCGGUAAUGCAGUGGUCAAUAAAAUUAUCAGGUGGAAUUCAAUGGCUUGUGGAAAAUUGUUUAGCAUGCUUGAAAUUUGUAAACAUUCAAAUCUUUGGAUCCCGCUUAUGUUAAAAUUUGUACUCUGCUGUUUGUAAAUGUAAUUUAGUACAAAUGCCUAGAGGACAUUCCUCUUAUCA